GUCGUCUCGCGAGAUCCCGCGAGACUGCUGCAAGGGGGGGGGCUGCCAUCUGCGCCUGCGCACUGCCUGCCGUCUCGUCUGCGCGACCUUCAUUGCAGCGCCGCCAUCAUGUUCUCCGUGGCGGGCGUCGCGGGGCUCUCGGGCCGGGCCGUGCAGCCGCAAUGGAUUCAAGUACGGAAUAUGGCAACUUUAAAAGAUAUUACCAGGCGGCUAAAGUCCAUCAAGAAUAUUCAGAAGAUCACCAAGUCCAUGAAGAUGGUGGCGGCGGCCAAGUAUGCCCGAGCUGAGCGGGAGCUGAAGCCAGCGCGGGUGUACGGAACGGGCUCGCUGGCUCUCUAUGAGAAAGCCGACAUCAAAGCACCCGAAAACAAGAAGAAACACCUUCUCAUUGGCGUGUCCUCAGACCGUGGGCUCUGCGGUGCCAUCCAUUCCUCAGUGGCCAAGCAGGUGAAGAACGAUGUGGCCUCGCUCACAGCUGCUGGCAAAGAAGUGAUGAUCGUUGGGAUUGGUGACAAGAUCAGGGGCAUCCUUCACAGGACUCACUCGGACCAGUUUCUUGUGACCUUCAAGGAAGUGGGGAGGAAGCCCCCAACCUUUGGGGACGCCUCGGUUAUCGCCCUCGAGUUACUGAAUUCGGGAUACGAGUUUGACGAGGGCUCCAUCAUCUUUAACCGAUUCAGGUCUGUCAUUUCCUACAAAACGGAGGAAAAACCCAUCUUUUCUUUCGAUACCGUCGCCAGUGCUGAGAACAUGAGUAUCUAUGACGACAUUGAUGCCGAUGUGCUGCAGAACUACCAGGAGUACAAUCUGGCCAACAUAAUCUACUACUCGCUGAAGGAGUCUACCACCAGCGAGCAGAGCGCCCGGAUGACGGCCAUGGACAAUGCCAGCAAGAAUGCCUCGGAGAUGAUCGACAAGCUCACUCUGACCUUCAACCGUACUCGCCAGGCCGUGAUCACCAAGGAGCUGAUUGAGAUCAUCUCUGGUGCCGCUGCUCUGGAUUAAUGAAAACCAAGUUGCAUCCUCAGGCAAGAGGUAAAAAAAUUCUCACGCUCAUUGUGGGUUGAGCCUAUUGCUGCCCUCGUCCGAAGAAAUGGUUGGACCAUGGGUACCAGAGAGCGAGGUCUUUGUAAAUUAUCCUACAAUAAACGAUUUCCAAUAUGAAAA